AUGGCGUUGAAGCAGCCGAUCUCCCGACAGCCAGUCUUGUGAUCGCCUUCCCUGCACCCCGCCAGUCUUGUGCUAGCCCUUGGCGGUCUUAAGCUCCUGCUCGCUACCGGCCUUACAGCCCGCAGUGUCUGACUGCUCUGCCUUGCCCUCUCCGCUCAGCAUUGUGCUGCAGUGGUUGCGUGUUGUAUUCUUUCUAGCCCUCUCGAACAGACCCUGGAGUAGUCUUAGGUGGGUCAGUUUUCCUGGCUGGUUGCUUACCUGCUAAUCUGGGAGUCAAUCUUGACAGCUGUUUAGUCACAUGUUGCAUACUGGCACAGAGACGAGGCAUUCCUUCGCUUCGAUGCCGGAGAAAUGUCAAAGUUCUUACCCCCCGCCUCCUUUCAAACAUCUAGAGAACCGAUCGAGGAUAAAAGAGAUCACAUCUGGAUUCAGAUUCCGUUCUGAAAACAAUUUUGAAGCAAAACCAACUUAUCGUAAGGUCUCCCCAGUGAAGAAACAUGGUUCAUUCAACUGCGUGCCAUUAAGAAGAGCGCUGGAUUCAGCUUUGUGUCCAGAGAGUGCAAAAGGCGAUGCUCAAGCACAGACAGACUUGAAUUACACGGGGUCCAAGGUCAAUGAACGAGGGGAUCAAGCAUGGGACGUCAGUCGUACCAUUCAACAGUUUCCGAUUGAGGUGCUUGCGAAGCGUGGAAGACUGACGGUUGAGGCAAAUGAGCCCUUCUUCAUUGUUAGUAUUGACGGACCUGGAACUGCGCUUCUCGGCAAGUCUUCGUCUGCUGUAGUUGGACGUAUGGUCAAGUCUGUGAACUGGGAUAGUGAUCGAAGCAACCAGAUGUAUGAAGCGGCAAAGCUCACAAGGAGGAAUCCAUCGAGCAAGACGUUCUUGACUCUUCCAAGGCAAGGGAAACCCACGUUAAUGGUAGCAUUCCAGCCAAGUCCUCACUUGGUUGGGGAUGGAAGACUUGAGAUUCUGCUAUUUCCGAUGCCAGCUGAUUGUGAUCUUGACUUGGCGGAACCAGUGGUGGAAAUAGAUCGCGACCCUUCGCCUGCGAGCCGUGGAGAGCAUCGAACCGAUGAAAGAGACAGCCCGGACUUGUGCUUGUGGAUUUCGGAUGAAGAAGUCUGCGAGUUAGAAGGUGAUGAAAGAGAGUUUGACUACGUAGCAGAAAUCUCAGUAGACUGCGAGGGGUAUUGCUCUAGUUGAUGUAAAACAACUACUUUCUGCCUGU